AUGGUUUCCGUACCGAUUUCCUCCCCUCGGGUGCUAGCCUUAACUAGUGUAUCAACUUCAUACCGCGGGCUAGCCUCUGAGAAGGCAUCACAGACACUGCAAGCGAACUUCGCACAGCUCUCAUACAUUCGUCCAAGCUCCAGACUUGUAUCCGAUGAGGUAACUCCUAUUAAGGCUCAUACGAGUUGCUCCAAAAGUCUUCCCCCGAAACUGCAGCUGAUCCAAGCCAAGAUAUUUGCGAACACGCGUGAGAGCGAAGGGAUGCCUGCGAACAAUCCUUUGGGCAAUGGGUCCAACAUAACUCCACCAACGGCAUCAGUGGAAAGUCUGGCAAGCACAACAGAGUCCAACGACACCCUGAACCAGCCAUCCCCUGAGACAAGCCACUCAGAUCCAAGUCUUCUUGGCGCAACGCCUUCUACCGAUUCUCCCACUCAAAGCCUAAUAACAGUCAAUAUGUAUUCAAGUUCCACCAGCAAUCUGGAAUCUCUGGGUUCUCUACAUAACAGCCUUACUGUUUUAACAACCUCUUCUAAGCAAGUCGACCUCGGUAUCGAACGUUUUGCAUCGGUAACUACAGGAAGCAACAAGUCUCCGAGUGACGACAGUAAUGACGACUUGGGACAAACUGAAAUUACUCAAGCUUCUCUCAUCCGCACGUCUGACGAGGGCCGUGUGCAGCUUGGCCACUUCUCUCAUACGCAGAUGGAAAGUCAGAAUGCCUCGCAAGGGGAAACAACGCAGGGAUCCUAUGGCCCGCAAUUAUCUCCGACACGUGUUGACAUCAGCCCCCAUCCAUCUUCAACAACAACAACAACAGAUAUUGUUUUCUCGAACCCAACCAAUAGUUCUACGGUGGAUGGGAGCGGGGUAUCGCGACAGCCCUCGAAGCAAAGCCUUAGUGCCAUUUUUGGCAGCUAUGUUAUCAAAAUUUCCGAAACACGAGUGUCCAAAGGCAUCCCAUACAUAGCGCAUGUCAAGGCGACCAAGAAAGCAAACGUACAGAACUAA